CAGACGGGGAAGCCUCUCACGAACAAAUGGCGUCCCUCCAGUGCGGAGCAGCUGAUUUCCUACCGAGCACGGAAGCACGAACGGUGGAGAGGGCCUGAUCUCAGGCGCUGUAGGCAACAGCAGCAGGUCAGAUGGUUCCAUCCCGACUUUGGAGGGACACAUAAUGAACAUGGGCAUCACCCCUUCAGAGAUCUCCUCCUCCGCCUGACUGGUUGGCCGCCUUUCCGUUAAUCCCAUUCAGGAGAUCAUCUUUUCAACCCUUACCUGAGCUUACACCAUCAAGACGGCGCUAUCUCAGAAAGCCAGCUCUGUGGCGGUGAAGAUGACCACGGCACGGUACCGUCCCACCUGGGAGCUGGCCGUGGACCCCCUGGUCUCGUGCAAGCUGUGCCUUGGAGAGUUCCCUCUGGAGCAGAUGACCACCAUCACACAGUGCCAAUGUGUCUUCUGUACACUGUGCCUGAAGCAGUAUGUGGAACUCCUGAUUAAAGAAGGCCUUGAAACUGCAAUUAGUUGUCCAGACUCUGCCUGUCCCAAAAGAGGACACUUGCUGGAAAAUGAGAUUGAGUGCAUGGUGGCCACAGAGAUGAUGCAGAAAUACAAGAAGCUUCAGUUCGAAAGGGAGGUGCUGUUGGACCCAUGCCGGACGUGGUGCCCUUCCUCGACCUGCCAGGCCGUGUGCCAACUAAAGGAAUCUGAUUCUCCUGCGCUGCCCCAGCUGGUCCAGUGCGCCGUCUGUGCCCUCGAGUUCUGCUCGACCUGCAAGGCCAACUGGCACCCCGGACAGGCCUGCCAAGAGAACAACCUGCCCAUUACCUCCUUCCUACCAGGAGAAAACGGCUCUUUCUAUAAGAAUGAAGAGGAUGACGCACCAAUCAAGCGUUGUCCUAAAUGUAAAGUUUACAUUGAGAGGGACGAGGGCUGUGCACAGAUGAUGUGCAAGAACUGCAAACACGCCUUCUGCUGGUACUGUUUGGAGUCCCUGGAUGACGACUUUCUCCUGAUCCACUAUGACAAAGGGCCCUGUCGGAACAAACUGGGCCACUCCAGGGCGUCUGUUAUCUGGCACAGAACACAGGUUGUCGGGAUCUUUGCUGGCUUUGGCCUGCUCCUGCUGGUUGCCUCCCCCUUCCUCCUUCUGGCCACUCCCAUUGUCCUCUGCUGCAAGUGCAAGUGCAGCAAAGGCGAUGACGACCCAUUGCCAACCUAAACGCGCCAUCAGAGCAGGAGCAGAGAGGCGCUUUAUGGAUGGGCCACGUUUUAUUUCCUUUUCACCCCUUUACAUUCUUCUCCUGCCACCAGCUUUGAGUGCUUAAUUUUUUUGGGGGCUGAGCCUGCACCAGCCCCAGCCCCGGCCACUUCGGGAUCCAUCGCUCUGCAUGAGAGAGGCAUGGUAGAAAUGAGACCCUACACCUUGGCCUGAAGAGAGGUGAAGGGUCAAUGGUCAGAGGAAGUCAGACUUGUCUAAGGACCAUGGUUUCCGUGUGUUAGAAGUUGGUGGUUUGGGGACGUGAAGGAACUCUGGGCCACAUCAAGUGGUCCUAAGUUGCGGGUAACUGCGGUGUGGUAUUUUGGCGGGUCACUACAAACAAUGGAAAAAAUCAAAGUUAAGAAAUGCUUUUCUCUUGUAUGAACAAUGCAGGAGCCACAUUAGAAAGAACUUUUACUUUAUCGCUCUGUUUUGUCAGUUUGUCAUACGCAACAAAAGCUUUUUUCCCCACCACCACAAUCAAUGUAGCUCUACAGAUUCAGUCCGUAGCAUUACACCACGCAUGUUUGGUGUUCGCUUGAUUUGCACACGGAACAUGAUUCUUACGUCAUGCUCACGACUGAGGUAGAGAUGGGAGGCUGUUGUGACUCAACUCAAUGUAAAGCACGUCCUCUUGAUGAUGUCAAUGUUUUAUAACCUGUUGCUUUUAAUAGAACUGUGCUCAGAGUAGUGUCUGUGUUGUACUUCUGAGUGUUUUCCAAACUGCAAGGUACACUUAAAGGGGAUUGCCACUAAAAUCUAAAAUAAUACUAAUUUCUGUGGUCAAGUGACAAUAAAGACUAGUUUUGUUCAACGUUUAGCUUUUUCAUUAUUGCCAUGUUUUCAAAUUCAUUCUUUAACACACCUCCAGACGUGCGUGCCUGAAAAAUGUCAAAUUUCAAUGAUCUUAGAUCCGGAAAUUGAGUGGUACUCCCCUUUUAAGUUCAACAUUAAUUUAAAGUCUAUUAAAGGACUUUGUGUCCACAUGUUGUGGACCCAGAGAUGUCACUCCUGUACUUCCCAGUCCCCAGGUGAUGGUUUAGCCAAAUAGAAAUAAAUAGCCUUACAUUGAGAAUAGCCAAAAUUCUGCAUUUUUCCCUGUGCAUUAAAACAAGUUAAAGUCCAAAUAAUCCCAGGGAAAGCAUGUUCAACAGCAUUUUAGAGCAUUACAGAAAGGUCAGUGAAGCCCUUUAUAUUCAGAUGAUUCUAUGAUGUCAUCCAUGUGCCACUCUGUUAAUAGCCAUACAGUAAACAAAAAGAAGAAAAACAAACCGUCCUAAACUGAUGUUCUGUGUGACCUAGAGCCUGUAUUUCCUAAGCCUUUUUGAGCAGGAGAGUUGCAUCAUAACAUACAAUCUAAAGCUUAACUCAGAUCAGAUCUCCCACUUUUUGAGAUUUAACAAAUACCUGGCCAAAUUGCAAACUUGCAUAUGUUAGUGGUCCGAGUGUUGGUCGUUAGACCUCCAACAACAAGCAGCUAUUCCCUGCAGGGGCAUCAGAAAAGCCUAUAGAGUAAAUGUAAAAGAAAGUUCUAUAAUUCACAUAAUUAUAAAGCUGCUCUGUACUAUAUCACUUUAUCUAUGCAAGUUUGUACAUUACCAUUCUUAAAAGGUUGAUUUAUCAUAAACAACUGUCUGUCAUAAGUAGGUUUAUAUAGUGAAAGCCAUAGAAUGUAUCACCAUAUAUUUGCAUAUCAUGGCUUUUAUUUAACCAGGGAGUUUUUCCUGAAAUUAUUCAUAUUAUUUCAUCUUCUAUGUUGCGGUUAUCCAUCUGUCUUUUAGCUAUAUUUAAAGUUUGAGCUUGAAAACCAGGACAGUCUGGCCAUUGUUCAUUUUGGGGGGUAUCUUUGCUUCACAAAAACAGUUGCUCUAUGUUAAUUAAAAGAUCAAAGGUUAAACUAAAUUUUAGUUAUAAACUAAUUAUUUCAGUAAGUUUGCCUUUGUUCUGUUGAAUUCUUUUUUUGUUACCAUGCAUAGCCAUUCUAAUGUUUCAAAAAGCCAUUUACUGCUUACUUUCCCUUUCCUUCUGGUGUGAUUACCAGUGUUUAUGUAGCAUUUGAUGAAGUGUGGCUGCAGUUACCAAAACUGUUCAAUAGUUAACAGUAGCUAAUCUAAGCUAAACAGUAAGCUGCAACUCUCUUCAGUACUUAUAAAUUUAGCUCUAACAUUCACUAUGAGAAUCAUAAUUAUUAGUAGCCUUAAAUUUUGAGUACCUUACCUUGUUGCUUUCACUGUCCUCACCUACUGUAUGAGCAUGAUAAUUUGAUAUCAAAGCCGGUCCAAUUUUCUACUUUUAAAGUUUGGUGCUUUCCUCCAAAAAAUAGUUAAAUUCCUCCAGCUUUUGUUGUUUUUAUGACAAUUGUGCCAAGCAGAUUUCCUGGAAGGGAUAAGUAAAUGGAGCUGUCUACUGUAUGUGCAUUUUUGACCAUGUAUUUGUAAUGUAUUCACAGUUUUUACAAGGUGGAAAACUAUUUUAAUGCUUCUUUAUGUAAACGCUGCACUGUAUUUGGGUUUUAUUGUUUUACUUCUUAAUAUGAUCUGUGAUGUUUGUGGUAUGGUGCCUGCUGUGUUUAACGGAGGAGUUUAGCAGCUGAAAUUAAUAUCUACUCAAUAGAAAAGUCAAUACAUAUGAGAGAUUGCAACUAUACUUUCAAAGGGGGUUUCACAAUGUAAUAUUAUCAGGGCUCUGAUAUCACCAGAAUUAAGAUUAAUUUUAAAAAGUGUAAAAAUGUUCAUUCAAACACAAAUCUAUCGCCAUCAUCAAAGUCUUGACUGGGCACACUAAAGUCAAACAAAAUCAUGGCCACUUCCAUUUUUACACAACAUUCUCCUUUACCUGUUUGCUGGCACCACUGGACAGAUAGAUAUUGUGUUAUGCAACGAACAUAAGGGCCAAACAGCAAACAUUACAAUCACUGCAGUGAUUUCUAUAUUGUUUUCUACAUGAGAGGCUUAUCAGGGCUCAAUAUAAAGGCCCAUAUACACACUUAAACAAAUUAAACAUCAGCACAGUUUGACCGAGUUAAGGGCUUACUUCUAAGAUAUAGCCCUUGAAUGAGAAGUUUAUUUUACAAAAGCUCACAAUCUACUCUGAAACUAUCCUAAGAUCAAGUUUGGUUACGAGCAGCAAUUUAUAUUUUAUAACCGGUUGUGUCAAGAGAUAAAGCUGCAUGAUUUUUCUCUGACUUCUACAUAUUACAAUAUUGUAGCCUCUAAAGAUAUAUCUUUAUCACUCAGCUGUCUGGUUUUUAUAUUAGUUUGGGAAAAUGUGUUUUGAUGUUCAGCCAUAUGAUAUACAGCGUUGGUCGGCCUUCCUCAAUUCAGCAGGUUGGCUUUUUGUGUUUGUUACUUUUUUGUUGAUUUCUUUUUAUACACCUGUUUCACAUCACAGUUUGUUGUAUUUGCAUUAUCUGUUUUAAGAGCGGAAUUCUUCAGGCCUGAUUGGUCAAUUACAUUAAAAUCAGUCACCUCAGUAAGUGGAUUAUUGUCAGAGGAAAUGCGGUCUGUAUGCAAGACUUCUGUAAUUAGAGAUGAUAAACAAUGUCUAGAUUAGUCAGUAAUUAAACGUUAAUUGACCUGGGUGAUACAAAGAUAACAUUGUAAAAUGGUAUAUUUGGAUCGGUUCUGUACAACUCGACUCGGCAUCUCAGUAUAUCUACAGUUCCACUAACACUGUGACACCAGGUAUUAAAGGUUGUUGUUUUUUGUGA